AUGUUGAAUGCUUUGAGAAGGUCGCCGAUCUGUCUCGAGCCGAAUUUCUCGAUCGCAUUCAGCCACUUACUUAGCAGAAUCGCGAUUGGAGGGAGCUUACCACUAAGACCAUCACAGAUCGGCUUCGUUGCCCAGCUCCAUGAAAAGCCCGCCACCGAUGACCAGAAAAAAGCCAAGAAGAGGAUGACAGAGGAGGCUGCUGGCGCAAUCCGCGGGCUUUCCGUGGCACAAUGUGGGUGCGUCAUGUGGACACCUACCAGGCUACGGGAUUUGUCGCACGAUCAACUAAAGAAUGACGGGAAGCAGCAUAUGCUACAGGAGAUUGCCUACCAUUAG